GUGUGCUCUACUACUACACACACAGGUGUUGUGUGUGGUGUGUCGAUCACAGUAAAACCGUAAUUAUCGCUUGCCUCACGUGUUCCAAAGAAGCCAAGCAGCCAAGCAUCAAUACAUCACGCAUUCAACGACUCGCCUUACUCUACGAUUGUCGAAUUCCAGAGUUUGGCAUGGCGUGGAUUCCAAGCGAGAAGGAGGAAAAGAAAAAGUUGCUGGUGCAAUUAGGAAAGGAAUACCGGGAUAAAUGCUACCGUGACAACAGUCCCAGAGACUGCCAUUAUCUGGCCCACUUUAUGGUCACCUUACAGGAAGCGGCCAAAGCAGCCACCGUAUUCCGGAAGACGUGUGACGAGUAUCAAUACGGUGAAAGCUGCCAAUUAUACGCCGGACUUUUACGAGCAUUCAAAUUCACUGGCGUCGAUCCAAUCGAGAGCUUUCGCUACGAUCGCAAGGGAUGCCAGUUGGGUCGAGCCAAGUCCUGUUUGAACACCGCCCUGGAUAUUGUUUCGGAUGGCAACGUCAGACAAGUUGUUGAUGAAGAAAAGCCGGACUUGCUGGUCGUCGAAAUGCUCGAUCGAGGCUGCAAUUUGGGCUGUGACGACAGCUGUUAUCUGGCUGGAGGUGCUUAUCUGGUCGGCGUGCCGGGAUUGCUGGAGAAGAAUGUUUCCACCGCCUACAAGUACGACGUCAAGGCAUGCCAACUGGGCAAUAAACUCGCCUGCGCUAAUCUCAGCGGCGCUUUGCCAAUGAAAACCCACGGUCCAAUGUCCAACACCUUUCAAGUCCGCCGGUUGCAGUUGAAAAUCAACAAGGAGUUAUCGGAAAAAUCCCCCAAAUUACCCGCCACCACCUGAAUUUCAAACAUGUCUCGGCUGGGAUUAAACGGGUUUAUCAGAUUCUCGACGUUGCGAUAAGGUUUUGAUCAAGUCGCUGUGGAGGAUUUCCCUGGAAGAAAUGUUGGUCGAAGCCGUCAGUUGGUUGCUGCUCCGGUUGGCGUAGUUUGCGCUGUACGGGCGAGCGCGUUCCAGUCGUUCCAGGCAAGGGCAUUUCUGCUUGAACAAGCGCCAAACGUUGGGCUUGCAGACGAAGAUGGCGAAAGUCAGGACGCUGGACGAGGUUUCGAUGACGUCUAUGACGAACGCCGCUUCGUUGAGACAGCCGAUGGCGUACGCCACGAACUCGGCCAACCACGAAACGAUUUUCAGGACGAACAAGCCGAAAAUGACGCGCAAGCUGUUGAAUUAAAUAUAUUCAAAUGAUUCAUGCCAAAAAGUGAAGACAUUUAUGACGGUGUAUGUAUUGAUGGGAAGAAAAGAAAAGAUGGCAGACCAACCGGUAUUUCUCGCGGGAGUGGCGAUUUCCCGACCCGAUCCCAGCUCGUCGAAGUAGAAUGCUUGUCAUGACGAAAAAGAUGAUAUCGACGAAAAUCAAGACGCAAACCGGACCGUACACGUAAGCGAACAUGGCUCCGUAACCUGUGGGGUGAUAUCACAGUGUUUUCAUGGUCAUCAGUUAAAAAAGCUGUAAAUGUGUCCUCUCCGAAUUCGGGUCUGAUGACGGCCUCGGAAGUCUUGUAAUAAUCUAAAACCUGUCCGACUGUUACGAUGACGGCCGCCAGACCCCACGAAUAGAG